GUCACGUGUAUUUUGCACAUGGUUUGGAAUUUUAACUUUUAUAUGGACACGAGCAAAGAUAUAUUCACUGGAAUCAAAUAUUACUUUGUUGGGAAUAUUCAGAAUGAGGAAACAUUAGCAGAUAUUUUAGAUAAACAUGGUGGUAAGAGAUACAAUUAUUUAACUGGAUGUGUGAGCCACGUUAUAGCUGAGAUCAAUUCAGAAAAUGAACCGGAAUUAGAAGAAGCCAAUGAUAUACAUGAGACCUAUAUAGUAUUACCUUCCUGGAUAUCACUAUCUCAUUAUAGCAACACACUCUUACCAUACCAUCCAUUCUUAGUAACAAAAAACAAAUUGUUUAACAAUCUAAAAUUUAUGAUUGAUAAUCAUAAUAUGACACUCUCCUUAGAAAAAAGUGAUAUUGAUAUUAUAUGGGCUCUAGUCACGUACAAUGGUGGUACACUGAUUAAGUCAUCUUCUUCCAAAAAUAUUGGCGAAAGACCUAUAUCCAUAACUCACCUUAUUUCAGAUUUCCCAAGUUUAAAGCAAGAUUCACUCAGAAAUGAUUACCCCCACGUUGAUUUUAGUCACAAAGGAGGAUUAAACGAUUUUUUUAUAGUAACUCCUGAUUGGUUGAUUGAUUGUGCAUGUACCAACUCGAUUAUUCCAUACGAAAAAUAUAAUCCACGAUAUUUGGUCAAACAGUUAGACAUUGACUCCAAGAUCAAAGAAUCUAAUGUGAGCUCUUUCGAAAAUCCAGCAUUAUGCCAAAAUAUAAGGAAUGAGAAUAUUGAAGUAACUCGAGACGAAUAUGGAGGAGUCGGCAAAGACUUUGAUGCUAAUGAUAGAAAUAAAUAUGAUAUAAAGGGAUCUGAGAAAACAAUUAAUGAGCAACUAACUAAGAUCAUAACUGACGCCUUCCCACCCACACAGGAUGACAAAACUUGCUCAUAUUUAGAUUUGUCCCAAACAGAAAUACCAGUAAAUCUAAAUUUGUUAGGAUGUAUCUUUUACAUUGAUGAUUAUAACGAGUGUAUUCCUAGUCAUAUCCUGCAAUCCUGGAAAAAGGUUAUAAAUCAAUAUGGCGGAGAAAUAGUCGAGUCGAUGAAUCAAAAUUACACUCAUUUUUUAAGCUCCACCAGAACUGACAAUUUUAAAAAGGCUUUGUCUUGCAAUCGACGGUGCAUAUCUGCUCAUUGGCUCAACGAUUGCGUUUCCAUUAAAGCUCCCAGCCUUCCUCCGCCUUGGAAAUUUUUGCACUUACCGUUACCCCUUAAUUUUUCCGCCCGUAAAUAUAUGUUAGAAAAACAUGUCAUAAGUAUAACGAAUUUCUUGGACGGAGAAAGGAUCCAGGUUAAACAUAUGAUAUGGAGAGCCGGAGCUAAGUACACUGGCGGUUUAAACCAAUCUAAUACCCUUCUCAUAUGCAAAAGCAAAACUGGUUCGAAAGUAGAGAAAGCCUUACAAUGGAAGAUUCCUAUAGUUAAUAUAGAGUGGCUCAUCGACUUUUUGUUAACGCAAGAAGAACAACACCCACAAGAUUUUCCUGAUAUAAAUGAUACCAAAUAUCAAAACUAUCCAGAUAAAUUUCUCGAUGAUGAUAUAGCUGCUAAGAAAGAUGAAUGCCACAAUUACAUAUUUUUCGAUUAUUCCCGAUUUUUGGAUCUCAUGGCACCCUGGGAGCAACCUAUAUUCGUUGAUCAAGAGAUUGUCAAAGACAAAUGCAUACAAAGAAUAUCGAAAUCUCAUAUUAACCCCCUAACCCCUUCUGAUAUCCACGCAACUAUUAAACAAAAAGUAGCCAAAAAUGAUUUUAUUUCUAAGCCUACCUUAUCAGAUAUUGACCUUAAUAUAGAUGCAAAAAGUCGAAAUUAUCCUGAAUAUACCCCAAAAUUUUCUAACAGCUUUGAGAACGAAAGUGACAGGCAUAAAAAAAGGAACAUUUUAGGACCACUGAAACAGAAGAGGCUUUUGGAAAGCGCGAUCAUCAUAACUAAAAAAAUGGCCAUAUCUAAUAAUGCCGAAUCCUUGUUUGCCUCAUUUGUACCAAAAAAGGAAAAAAUCAUGUCUCCUAAUAAGAACAAUAAUUCGAAUCACAGCAUAAUUCUGAAUGGUUCCAACUGUUUAACCGAACUCAACAGUUCCAAUAAGUACCUGGUUAUGGUAACUGGCCAUCUCAAAGUUAAGACCGAAUUACUAAAUAAACAAAUAACAAAUUUGAGAGGAGAAGUGACCGAUAAUCCCAUGAGCUGUACACACGUGAUAAUGGACUCUAUCAAGCGCACCUUAAAAUUUUUUUGCGCUCUUUCUCAUUGUAGAUAUAUAGUGACGUCCAAAUGGGUGGAGGAUAGUCAUAAUGCUGGAUAUUUCUUAGAUGAAAGUGAGUACAUAUUGAAAGAUAUAGACGCCGAAAGAAGUUACGACUUCUGCCUCAAAACUAGUUUAUAUAGGGCUCAACAUAGAGAUUUGCUAUUCAAAAACAUGAAUUUUUACCUAACCCCCAACGUGGAACCUUCUCUUAAAAUUCUUAAACCAGUCAUAGAAAGUGCAGGUGGAACAUUUGUGAAGCAGAGGCCUUCUACUAGGCAGAUCAGUUUACAAAAUAAAGACAAAGUCAAAUUGGUUAUCAUAUCAUGUCCAGAAGAUAUUUCUUUAUGCAAGGAUUACCUAUCCCAAGAUAUAGAUUUGCACAACGUUGAACUAAUAUUGACCGGCUUGAUUCAGCAAAACCUAAAUUUUGAACAAUUUUUAAUAAAUUUUAAUACAGUGGUUUAAACUGUUUUAAUAAAAUAUUCCAUAGGGAUUUUACGAUUAAAUAUUACAAUUAUAACUGUUUUUUACAUUCAUUACAGGCAAAUUAUUGUAAAAUUAGAAUUAUAUUAGAUGUAUUUUAUAUGCAAAAUUUUACUUAUCAAUUUUAAUUCUAUCAUUUUUAUACGAAUUUGAAAAAUGUUUUAUAAUAUUUUGUACAUAUUCUUAACUCCGUGUGAUUGCUAUUUUUCCUUUUUAUUGAUUUCAAUGGCCUCUU